UCCCAUUUCCUCCCACGCAGCGGCUCACUCUGAAGGAGGUGUUUGAGGAUGGGAAGCCUAGGCUUGACGUCUUGAAGAGCCACUUGGUAAAGGAAGGGCGCCUGGAAGAGGACGCGGCGCUGAAGAUCAUCAACGAUGGGGCUGCCAUCCUCAGGCACGAGAAGACAAUGAUUGAAGUGGAGGCUCCCAUCACAGUGUGUGGUGACAUUCAUGGGCAGUUUUUUGACCUGAUGAAGUUGUUUGAAGUUGGAGGAUCACCCAAUAACACCCGCUACCUCUUCCUGGGAGACUACGUGGACAGAGGCUACUUCAGUAUAGAGUGCGUGCUGUAUUUAUGGAGUUUAAAGAUAAAUCAUCCCAAAACUUUGUUCCUCCUUCGAGGGAACCACGAGUGCAGGCACCUCACAGAAUACUUCACCUUUAAGCAGGAACGUCGAAUCAAGUACUCGGAGCGAGUGUAUGAUGCGUGUAUGGAUACAUUUGACUGUCUUCCUCUUGCUGCCCUCUUAAACCAGCAAUUCCUGUGCGUUCAUGGAGGACUGUCUCCAGAAAUCACGUGUCUAGAUGACAUUAGGAAAUUAGACAGGUUUAAGGAGCCUCCGGCCUUCGGUCCAAUGUGUGACCUGCUCUGGUCCGAUCCAUCAGAGGAUUACGGCAAUGAGAAAACGCUGGAGCAUUUUGCCCACAACACUGUUCGAGGCUGCUCCUAUUUCUACAGUUAUCCUGCAGUUUGUGAAUUUUUGCAGAACAAUAGUUUGUUAUCUGUAAUCCGAGCUCACGAAGCCCAGGACGCUGGGUACCGAAUGUACAGGAAGAGCCAGACAACAGGCUUUCCGUCGUUAAUCACAAUCUUCUCUGCACCAAAUUACCUAGAUGUCUAUAACAACAAGGCUGCUGUACUGAAAUAUGAAAACAAUGUCAUGAACAUCAGGCAGUUCAACUGUUCCCCUCAUCCGUACUGGCUUCCAAACUUCAUGGAUGUCUUCACAUGGUCUUUGCCUUUUGUAGGGGAAAAGGUCACCGAAAUGCUCGUUAACAUCCUCAACAUAUGCUCCGAUGAUGAGUUGAUUUCAGAUGGCGAUGAGACAUUGGAAGGUGGGACAACAGUCCGUAAAGAGAUCAUCAGGAAUAAGAUUAGAGCCAUUGGGAAGAUGGCACGUGUCUUCUCGGUUCUUCGAGAGGAGAGCGAGAGCGUGCUGACUCUCAAAGGCCUGACUCCCACAGGUACGCUGCCCCUGGGCGUGCUCUCAGGGGGGAGGCAGACCCUGCAGACGGCCACAUUAGAAGCGGUAGAGGCACGGGAAGCCAUUCGUGGAUUUUCACCGCAGCACAAGAUCCGCAGCUUCGAAGAAGCCAGAGGUCUGGAUCGCAUUAACGAACGCAUGCCGCCACGCAAAGAUUCAAUGCACUCAGACGGGCCGGUGAACUUGGUAACCUCAACAAACUCUGCGGACAAGAAUGGCACAGGGAAGAAAGCCCAGUAACGGUCCGAGCGCCCAAUCUGCACCACUAAAGGAUCCAAAACUUAAUGAAUUUUAUUUAUUUAUUAUUGGGGUGGGGUGGGGGCAGGGGAGAAACCAACUUCACCUGGAGGCACGUUCAUAAUCCAGUUUGCAUCCAUUCUGUAAGAAAGGUGACCAUUUUGUAAUUUUUUUAUUUAUGUUCAAUAUAUAAAAAGUCCAUCUUUUUUUAAUUUAGAAACCAAUCUAACUGCUAGUGCAUAUAUGAAGUGUUGUGCUGUACAGCUGACCUCUCCUCCACGAGAGGCAAACCUCUGUGGGGGGAUUAAAAGAAACAAAAACAGUCCCAGGCAACUUGGGUCGUUGACUUUGGUACAAUUCUAAGUUAGCCUGUGCUUUCAAAAGCGGGUCCUUCCGUUGAAAAUAGGGUUGGUUUGGUUUUGCUUUUCACGACUGUCUUCUUCCCAGAGUUUGCUGUCGUUUCCUUCAACUUCUUGCCUACCUGCAUCUGCUGCUUUAGCAACCGAUUCUGUGGAAGGGCACGUUGCGUGGUGGCUGGGGUCAGUCCCUUUUCCCAGCUGACAUCCGGAUAUUCAGGAUUAGCUCCGAAGGGCUCCGGUGUGUUAUACCAAUCGCAGCGCCUUUUCCUUCAGAAAUUUCGUUUUAUUCUGGUGGAGCCCCGGGUGAAAAAGUAAUCUCUUAACCAGCACGGGAAGGCAGGUGGGAGAAGCGCUGCCCCUUGUCGCAGCUCUUCCCGGCCCUUCGGACUCGGUGCAGCCAGCUGUACGCCGGAGUUUGUCAGCCGGGACUGGCCGUGCGGCAGAAAUCCCUCGGGGAAAUCCCUCUGAUUCGGAGCAGAGGAAUUAUCUCCAGCCUCUGGUGAUCAGCAGGCCUUUGGGAAAUCUGCACAGCCUGAAUUUUAAAGGAAAAAGGGGGGUGAUUUGUAACCCGUGGAUGCAAAGACACCCCCCCUGGCUAGCCACCAUCACAUACUGCAGAGCCCGUGGCACGCCGCCCUGCGCCCGGCUCUCGCAUCAGCCCUUGCUGAUCAGUAUUUGAGUGGUGGGCGCUCGAGGUGGGCUCCCCUAAGCCAGCAUCACCUCCCACCCAUCCAGCGUGCAUUUUUGGGGUGGGGGUCUUUCACCCACUUGGGCUUACCCUGCUGCUGGUUCCCUUGCUAGCCAGCGGGCUAUUCCUCCGAUCCCAAAGGAGCCACAGGCACAUCAGCCUUUCCCGGUAGCUGGAGGAGGUUUGCCGGCUUGCGAUAAGGAUUUGGGGGGAAGGAUGGGUGACGGCGCUGCUUGUUUUUGUAGAGAUGUGGCUCGUUGGCUGGCGGCGAGGUUGCGUUGCUAAAAAGCCCCUGGCCUGGGAUGUGCAUCCCUCCCUCGGCUGCAGGGGAGGGCGGAUGGUUUUGCCGUAGGUUUGGCAGGGAGAAGAACCGAGUGGACCUGGCAGAAAUUUUGGAAGGGUGUUUGUGCAGUGCUGGAGAGGGCGGGGGAUCUCCUGGCGAAAGGAGGGUUUCCAGAGGACGCCCUCUUUGCGGCGUCGAGGGUUUUGAAGCUUGGAUCUGUUCAGCAGAGCCUCGUUGUUUUUCACUUUAACUUGAAGUCAGUGUUGAGAAAGGAUUUUUGCUGAGAUUCUCGUUUGGUCGCAUCCCUUCCCCGCGUGUCGUUCGCGCCGCCCCCUCUUCUGCCUGCGGUCGCACAGAGUCAAAGCAGCAGCUUCCAGAAGCAAAUCCCUUGCCAGCUUUCACUUCUUUUCCAACUUCACUAUUCUGCUUUCUGCAAGCGAGGGCAGCAGGUGAGCGGGCUUAGCCUCUAAUAAGGGAUAUUUGCCAACCCCUUCUCUGGAUCUUGCUGUCUUCCCUUUGUGCUCCGGCCCUGAGCUGCGAUUCCAGCAACAGAGGAAAACAGCAACUUUGCAGGAAGCUUUCAAAUUGUCUUAGAAUCAUACGUCACUUAAUUUCAUGCCAGCUCUUUAGGAAAUGGUAUCUGUGAGCGGACCGCUGGGUUUUCACAAGAGACUUUUGAGUCGCAUGCCUCCACUUUUUCUUUCUUUUUUUUUUUUUUUUUUCCCCUCCUUUUUUUACACGCCCACUGCUUUGCAAAAAGUGCGAGAUGUUUUGAGCAAGCUUCUCUUAACCCCAUAUGAGGCGUGGGGCCAAUUGCCUUUUGUCUGUGAGUAUUUCUUCUGUUUUUUAAUGGCAUCCUUUCUUGAAACACAGUGAGCCGAUGUGUGGUAUCUUCCUCUGAGAGCGCAAACCGUGCAAAGGUGCUGCCCGUGCAUGUUCGGGCAUGUUGUUCUGACCCAGGCUGGGAUCUCACCCAAGCAGCAGUUUUAAACUCCGGGAGCUUUGGGGGACGGGUGCUUCAGGGGGAUGCUCC